GGAAGCAUCCACCGGGAAGCGUAAAUCAGCAGUUCUCUUCGAGUCACGGACUGGGGACUGUCUCUCGGUGCUAUUUUCUGCUGUGGGACAGGUGGAGAAGACAAAAAGAGGACAACGAUGCUCCAGCUAGGAGAUGAAGCCACGCUGUACUCCCUUAUCUUCGUGGGGAUCCUGCUGGGGACCCGAAGCCCGGUGUGGACAGUGAUCAUCACCGCCUCCCUCUAUCUCUUUCUAGCAAUGUUCCGCUUCCCACAGGUACCGUCCAGCCGAACCCAGAAGGUACUCCACCCAGUCAAGGGCACGGCGGGCACGGGCAAGGUGUCGGUGAUCGCUCACCGGGGCGGCGGGCACGAUGCACCGGAGAACACGAUAGCAUCUAUCUUAGAGGCCAGUAAGAAUGGGGCGACUGGUGUGGAAUUGGACCUGGAGUUCUCAGCAGAUGGCGUCCCAAUACUGAUGCAUGAUGAGACCGUGGACCGAACCACCAGUGGGUCAGGAUUCCUCAGCAAGAUGAAAAUGUCAGAGCUGGCUAAACUGGAUGCAGCUGCUAAACAUCGACUCAGGGACAAGUUUGCAGGAGAGAAGAUCCCCACCCUGGAGGAGGCAGUGGAGGAAUGCAUCAAACUGCAGCUAACCAUCUACUUUGAUGUCAAAGGUCAUCCAGAUGAGGCAGCUGCAGCUCUAAAGGAAUUGUAUAAGAAAUAUCCGGUCCUCUACAACAGCAGCAUCGUCUGCUCCUUCGAGCCCAAAGUCAUCUACAGGAUGAGACAGAGUGACCCAGAUGUGGUCACGGCACUGACCCACCGGCCUUGGAGCCUGAGCCGGUUCGGGGACGGUGCCCCACGUUUUUCAUCGCCGUGGAAACAUCACUGGAUGACUGUCAUGGACAUCUUGUUGGACUGGGCACACCAUAAUGUUUUGUGGAAGCUCUGUGGCGUUUCGGCGUUCCUGAUACAGAAGAACUUUGUCUCACAGGACUAUGUGCAGUACUGGGCCCAGAGGGGUGUCGAGGUUGUAGCCUGGACCGUCAACACACAAGUAGAGAAGGAGUAUUACCAGGAGGUGCUAAAAGUCAACUACAUCACAGACAGCAUGGUGGAAGACUGUGACCCUCAUUACUGACGUACACAUAAAUCCACUCAACAAAAUGUUGGCAUUUAUUAAAGAUAAAAGAAACUGUCACCCAUAUGUAAGCUCAAGCAAGAGAUCAUAUACUCCUUUUAUUUCCAAGAACACUGUUUUUCUAUGGGUGUAUGUUUCCUGAAGAAUUUUAACUGGGCGCCAUAACAAAAUACAAAGUAACAGAUUUUAUUACGACUAAAUCACUUUAAUAAUGAAUAAUGAUGAACUCGCCUGUUAUAUUUACAGACUUGUUAAUGCAAGGUGCUGGUAAUAUGUGUCUAUAAUAGACCUGCAGCAACAUGAUGUAUUCAUCCACUCAGGACUACAUUGGGGGUUUUGGGGUUUGUUUUUUGUUUUUUUUGUAUGUUUGUCAUGUUAGUUGUGUUUAUACAGUCUUUCAGAUAAUGCAGAGCACUGUGUGCACUUUUUACUCACUAAAAUCUGAAGAAAUCUACCUUGAGAUGAUUUUUUUUUUUUUUGUCAUUUAUGACCUGUGAAUACUACUUAUUAAAGAAACAUACAUAAAUGCUUUAUAGAGCAGCAUAGACAAACUAAUAAUAAGUAGGCUUGGUGAUUACUUAUGUUGUUAAUGUAUGGAGAAAACAAACUUUUGUACUGUACUGUAUAUGAAACCACAAGGACAUUUAUGAGGGAUCAAUUGUGGCACAAAUACACGAAUGGAGUUAAUGCAUGGCUUUGUGUAAGGCUCAAGUGUUACCAAUAACACAGUGCCUGUUUUUAAAGAGUAAACCCUUUUUUAGCAGUAUGACAGUUUUGUAACUGCUUUACUUGAAUGGGUAAAAACUAAAGUUAGACGUUGCUUGAUGUUGCUGCUUGUCUGGAAAAUCAACCUCGUGCUUUUGCAUUUCAUAUAUGCUGAAUGUAAAGUAAGCUGGCUUUACUUUUUUUUUCAUCCCUAAACUUGAGUGUAGAAUUUCAAAAUGUAAAUUACACAAUUUGGUGUUGCCGUAAGGCUUUAAAUGACUUUAAUAAGCCUGACUGAUUCUAGAUUUUUGGGGCUAAUGACUGCCAGCUUUUGGUGGUCACCACAUUCUAGUAUCUGAUGAUAUCAUUAUAUCUAUACACUGUAGAUAUUACUGUACAACAGAGGUGGACGAUUAAUUUUCCUAGGUGGACAUAUUAGAAACUGGAACGGUUUUGGAGGGAAAAUAGAUAUAAAAUUUUUACUCGACCAUAAAAUCUAUUUUUACUAAUCAAAUGGCUCCAAAUAGCAGGAAAAUGCAUCAACAGUUUAAAGUAAGGUGACACGGACUCUCUUGUGAAUAACUACUUGAUUUUUUUUAAAUUUCUUUGUAAUAGUUGUGGGAAUGUAGAGCUGCUUGGCAGACUGAAAAUGUUGGUCUGUCAUGUUCUGUGUCGUUAUGUGACGGCUCUGGACACUAAAAUGGAUCAUUAAAGGUGAACGGUUUGAGCUGA